AUGGUUCAAGAACAAGCCCGGUUAAAAAACCACCCCAAUGUUUUGGCGAGCACGCAACCAAACAAUCAGAAACAGAGAACUCAAGAGAAUAGACCACGCCUUCCCCAUACACCUAAAAUGGAGUUAGAAGCAAACAGGAGAGUCUUCAAGUCAAACAUGGAGAACGGAAACGCGCCAAGAGGGGAGGCUGAAGAGGAGAAGUAUUGUUACUUUCACCAGCGGAAAGGACACCUUCUAAACGAGUGCAAAGCCUUCGAAAAAGAAGGCCUGGAAGCCAAGGACGAGUUCAUUCGCCAAGUAGGACUAUGCUUCCGCUGUCUGUCGCAAGGACACAGAUCAACCGAAUGUUCUGCAGCAAUGAAGUGUGCUAAGUGUGGAGACUGCCGCCACGCCACCGUCCUUUACAAGGAGAAGCCUAAAGCUACAAGAAGAGAACACGGCGAUGAGCUCCAGACAGCCUGCACAGCCGUUUGUCGCGACCCUCACAGCGUCGGCUUUUCUUGUAGCAAGAUCGUUGUAGUCGACGUUUUCAACGAGAAUCUAGCACAAGAGCCGUAUCGAGUUUACGCAGUUCUAGACGACCAGAGCAAGGCCUCCAUGAUAAGUCCAAACCUAGUGGACAAAUUGGGCGCAACCGGACCUAGCCUAAAGUAUUUACUGUCGACGUGCAGUGGCGACAAGGAAGAGAGAGGUCUGGGAGAAGAGUUUCCGGCGUUGUCCUACGUUCUAUGGCAGGACAAGGGAGAGAUUAUCACACCGGAAAUGGCUACACAAUUUCCAUACCUUAAAGAGAUCGCUGAAGAGAUCCCGGCUUACGACCAAAAAGCGAAGGUUGAAAUUCUCAUUGGCAGGGACGCGCCUGAGCUACUGAAGAUCAGGGAGAGCAGGAAUGGUUCCAAAGGAGCCCCAUGGGCACAACGACUUGACUUAGGGGGGACAGUAUCUGACCAAAUGUGUCUAGAUAGAGUGGGCGGUCCUGUUCACAUUUCCGCGCGUCGCACAGCAGUCGAAUAUCCAGACCCAAAGCUCAGUUUUUCCUGGAGCAGCGAAGAUAUACGCUGCAAGUCUGCGAAGCACGAAAUCGUACCAUGUCCUGACCAAUACAAGAUCAGAGAAAGAUACGCGGAAAAAGGAGAAACUGGAGCCGAUCUCUUCCGUACAUCACCAGACGACAAUAUGGUGAGCUUGUCUGGAGAAGACAGGCGCUUUCUGGAUAUCGUGGAGCCUCCGUGGACGAGAAUACAGAAAAACCAGUGUGGAAACUGGCAGAUGUCUCUACCCCUUCGUCGCCUCAACAUCGCGAUACCUGACUAUCGAUCUUUAGCUGUCAACCGUCUCAAUGGCCUGCUGCGCACCUUGAAGAAGAAACCCAAACUGAAGGAAGAUUACUUUCCAGUUUGUGGCCAAGGUUUUGAGCGCGGUCAUGCAGUUCCUCUCCCUCGAGAGGAGUUGUCGGUAACAACCUGUCUGAGGAGGAACGAACCUAACAAACACGGCCCACAAGACCAGGAGCAGACGGCACCUAUCAGAAGUGGAGAUCAAGAGAACGUUGCCGCGAUGUGCGACAUUGAGCAAAUGUUUCAUUCGCUCCACAUGUCACCAGAGCACCAGAACUUUCUUCGAUUCCUUUGGUUCAAAGACAACGAUCCUUCGAAAGAAGUUAUCGAGUACAAGAUGACCGUUCACCUGUUCGGCAAUGGACCUAGUCCCGCCAUUGCCACCUUUGGUUUAAGGAAGAUGGCAGAUGACGGCGAGGAGAAGUAUGGCAAGGCAACGAGAGAUUUCGUUUACUGA